AUGGCACCAGUCGCAGUGUCCUCCGAAGCCCCGGUGUUCAACACCAAGCGUGACGGACAGGCUCUCGAGGAGCUGUCGGACGCCAUCGAUACCGUCAACGUCCUCAAGGACAACAUGAAGAAGGAGAAGGGCUUGUACGAGGAGUCCGAGUUCGACAAGAACAAGGACAAGACCAAGUUCCGCCAGUAUGAAGAUGCCUGCGACCGGGUCAAGAACUUCUACAAGGAACAGCACACCAAGCAAACAGUGGCCUACAACCUUAAGGCCCGCAACGAGUUCCACUCCAAGACCCGCGCCGAGAUGACCAUCUGGGAGGCGAUGGAGAAGCUCAACACCCUUAUCGAUGAGUCCGACCCCGACACCAGUCUCUCCCAGAUUGAGCACCUCCUCCAGUCCGCCGAGGCCAUCCGCCGCGACGGCAAGCCCCGCUGGAUGCAGCUGACCGGUCUUAUCCACGACCUGGGCAAGCUGCUCUUCUUCUUCGAUGCCCAGGGCCAGUGGGACGUCGUCGGUGACACUUUCCCUGUUGGCUGUGGCUUCGAUGAGCGCAUCAUCUACGGCCGCGACUCUUUCAAGGACAACGAGGAUUACGGUCACUCCAUCUACGACACCAAGUUCGGCAUCUACAGCCCCGGCUGCGGUCUUGACAACAUCAUGCUCUCUUGGGGCCACGACGAGUACCUCUACCACGUCGUCAAGGACCAGUCCACCCUCCCAGACGAGGCUCUGGCCAUGAUCCGCUACCACUCGUUCUACCCCUGGCACAACGCCGGUGCGUACCACGAGCUGAUGAACGACCACGACAAGGAGAUGUUCAAGGCCGUCAAGGCCUUCAACCCAUACGACCUGUACAGUAAGAGCGACGAUGUCCCCAGUGCGGAAGAACUGAAGCCCUACUACCUCGACCUAAUCAACGAAUACUUCCCCAACCCCGUGAUCAAGUGGUAA